AUGUCUACAAACGGAUUGUCAAAAGACGAAAAGUAUAAACUCAUAACAAGAAAUCUUCAAGAAGUUUUGGGUGGCGAAGAGAUCUUGAAAAUUCUUGAGGAAAGGGACCUGAAACUCUAUUGGGGAACAGCACCAACGGGAAAACCUCAUAUUGGCUACUUUGUUCCAUUUUCAAAAAUUGCAGAUUUUUUGGCGGCAGGCGUUGAGGUGACUGUUCUUUUAGCGGAUAUUCACGCUUUCCUUGAUAAUAUGAAAGCACCUCUUGAACUUGUUAAGUUUAGAACCAAAUACUAUGAAGAACUCAUUAAAGCUGCAUUUGUGUCAAUUGGUGUGCCUAUUGAUAAGCUCAAAUUUGUUGUCGGGUCGGAUUACCAGUUAACAAAAGAGUAUAGUUUAGACAAUUUUCGAUUGUGUGCUACUGUCACUGAACACGACGCAAAAAAGGCUGGUGCCGAAGUGGUUAAACAGGUCGAGUCAGCAUUAUUAUCCGGGUUAUUGUAUCCAGGAUUACAAGCACUGGACGAGGAAUAUUUGGGAGUGGAUGCCCAAUUUGGUGGAGUCGAUCAAAGAAAAAUAUUUGUAUAUGCCGAAAAAUAUUUGCCUCACCUCGGCUAUAAGAAACGAUCGCAUCUUAUGAAUCCCAUGGUUCCCGGUUUGGCAGGAUCAAAAAUGUCAUCAUCCGAUCCCGAUUCAAAAAUCGAUCUUCUUGAUGACGAAGUUUCAGUAGUUCGCAAAUUAAAAAAAGCUUUCUGCGAGGAGGGAAAUGUGACCGAGAAUGGCGUUUUGUCGUUCGUUAAAUAUGUUCUGUUUCCAUUAGGAAGUCUCAAUGGUCAAACUACCAAAUUCAAUAUCAAUCGUCCUGAAAAAUUUGGCGGCAAACUUGUCUACACAGAUUAUCAAACAUUAGAAGACGAUUUUCGUGACAAGAAGGUUCAUCCUGGAGAUUUGAAAACAGCAGUAGCAGAAUCCAUCAACAAGUUAUUAGAUCCUAUCAGAAAGAAGUGGGCGAGUAAUCCCGAACUUAUUAAGUUGACCAAUCAGGCAUAUCCAGAACUAAAAGCUGAUAAAGCGCACAAGCCCAUCGAUGUUUCAAGAAUAGAUAUUCGCGUCGCUAAAAUUAUAAAAGCCGAGCCUCAUCCGUCCAAUCCUAAAUCUUACGUGUCUACGGUGGAUGUAGGAGAUGCUUCGGGUAAACCAAGAACCGUUGUUUCUGGUCUUGCAGCAUAUAUUCCACUUGAACAACUUCAAGGUCGCCAUGUCCUCGCCGUAUGCAAUUUAAAACCCGCCAAGUUUCAGGGUAUAGAAUCAUGUGCAAUGCUUCUCGCCGGUUCUUCAUCAGAUAAUAGCAAGGUUGAACUUUUGGAUCCGCCGGAAGGCUCAGAAAUUGGUGAAAAGGUCAUCUGGGAGGGAUACGGUAGUGCCAAAAGGGAUGCAGAAAUAUUAAACCCUAAACAAAAAGUUUUUGAAAAAGUUGCGGAAGAAUUUAAGGUGGACGAAAAAGGCAAUGCUUUAUAUAAAGAUAUUCCUUUUGCAACUAGUAAAGGCGUAGUGACGCUGAAAACAUUGAGAGAAGGUAAAAUUCGAUAG